ACAAAAUGAAGGGAAGAGGAAAAUGUCAGAGCAGGUUGAGCUUUUCUGACUAAUCUAAAAAAAGGGUUUUUAGCACACAGGGACUAUUGCCUCUUUAGGAGAGAUGCAGUACUGUGUAAAUAGGAUGGUCCUCUCAAGCAGACUUCAUAUUGUGGGUCAGAUUUUUGAGAAAACUCAGGUUGUUGGUGGAGCCGAAUUGUUUGGUUUACAGACUUCUGUGGGAGAAGAACCUUCCAGAAGAAGAGAACAAACAGGAAAGACACAGGGUUCUACAGUGACCUCUAGUGUUUUCUCUGAAACCUUGCAGUCAUUUCUUUAUCAAGCAGUGCGUAAAGACUAGAGCAGGGCAGCGAUGGAAGUUGUUGUGACGGAGGAGAAGAAGAAGAUCUUCCGUGCUAGGAAAACCAUGAAAAUCAGCGAUCGACAGCAACUGGAGACGCUUCACAACACUUUGUUGACAACCAGUUCAGGUCUGUCUGAGUCACCUUCACCACCUUUAAUGAACGGCACACACAAAGAGGAUGGACAAAAGGUCACGGACAAAGAACAAAACAUCUCAGACUCAAACUCUCCAGAUGCUCCAUCUCCUUCAUGUUCUUCCUCUCCAACUCCUUUCCUGUCCCUAAAUUUGUCGCCAUCCCCCGGUUCUUCACCAAGUCCAAAAGCAAAGGAAGAAAGUAAUACUCCUACAUCUCCAUUCAACUCUACAAACUUUGAACAUAAAAAAAUGGACAACGAUGAGGAAGAGGUGAAGAUGGACUCCUUAUCACCGUCAUCCAAAGAGCUGACUACACAAGCAACAAAAGAUUCUAAGGAAAACCAGGAAAGAGACGCACAGACGGUGACAGUGAUGGAAAAGAAAGAGGAGGAAGAGACUACAGCGGACACCCCAGCGGUGGUUAAGGAUUCCAUUGAAGGUGUGGCUCCAUCUUCACCUGUGUCAGUUUCAGUAUCUGAAUCUACAGAGCCAAUGGAAACAGACUCUAACACUGCAAAUGCCAAGGACUCUGAGGCUACAACAGCGCAAACAGGCGAUGAAAAGCCUUCUCCAAAGUCUACUGCUCCUCAAACAGCUUCCUCUUCUGCAACGGUUCCGAAGCAAAAAACUGAAGUGAAAGAAGAGGACAUGAAAGAAGAGGCAGUAGACACAAACGAUGUGAUUAAAGGAUCGGUGAAAGAGGAAAAGAUGGACCUGAGCUCAGUGAAAGUGGAGACCAAAAAAGGAAAAACUAAAGUUGGACCACACAUAAAACAAUCUCGUCCCUCAUCCACUCCACCAUCUAAUACAGUGCCAGAGGAGAAGUGUUCUACAUCAGGCCUGAAGCGCACUUUAUCAGAGGGAUUUGAAAAAGAGGGACAAACCGUAAAACGAGAUGGGAAAAGGCCCAAGAUGGAAAGAGAGGAGCUGGAGGCUCAGCUGGAACUCAAAAUUACUGCUAAAGCGGGGAGUCACCAUAAACUUGAAAAGAUUGUGCAACAGCUAGUGGAGGAACGGUUGCGGGUGAUGCAGCUGACAAUUUUCGACAAAAAUUUCCAGGAGCUGAAGGACAGAGUAGAAAAGAUCGACUGUGCCACGAAACACCAAACCGCCAUUAACACACUUCAAAUCAAGAUAGCUCGGUUAUCGAAGAAGUUUGGAGAGGCCAAUCAGGCAUCAGAAAACAAAAGGAAACAGGAGGCACUUGCUGUUGCUGCAGCAGCUGCUGCUGCUACUGCUGCCACUGCCAAGACUGCCACUGUUACAAACAGCCCUCAAGCUCAACGGCCAGUCCGGACAUCUGUGGAGGUAAAGACUCCAGCAGCCGCUCCAACAUCUGGCACACUCGUGUCCACAGUAAAUCCCCCCCCUUCAGCCCCUCCAGCCUCAGCUGCAGUUUCAACACCCACCUCCACCACAGUGGUUCCACAGGCUCCCAUCCUCCAGCUGAUCCCCUCCACCUCUAAUGCUGCUUCCACCUUGGCCACCGGCAUCACGACCCAGAGUCCGACCGGCACCCUGCUGUUGAAGACGGCCCCUGGGAACAGCAUGGUGGCCGCAGGCCAGCCGCUCCUCAUCCAGCUGCCUUUAUCCAUGGCCAACGGUCAGACAGGAACGCUGGUCAACAUCCCCGUCUCCUCUCUGUCUGCAGUCACUUCUCUUAACAAGGCCAAGACCACUGCACCCACUACCACAUUUAUACUCAAACCUGCUCCUGCCACUACCACCACUUCAGCCUUGCCAUCAGCCACUGUUCCCACACUCCAGUCGUCCACGGUGUCCUCUGGCCAGAUCUCUCUGGCUCGUGCUGUGUAUCAAGGCGGUGCAGGGGGGAUAACUACUCCUAAUGCAGGAAUAUCUGUGACCACAGCCAGAACACCAUCUCAGUCGGUCUCUGUAGCUGGAGCUAUGUCUUCAGCAUCUUCACCGGCAACAUCUGGGCCGGCAGCCACAGGUUCUACUGCACCAGGACCCCCACAGGGAACGUCUCUGACAUCAAAGACAGACAACCAAGCAGCUGGAUCUACUCCUUCCAAAGCAGCUGCUCCAGCAGCACGCCCCAAAGGCUCUGUCAUCGACCUCACUGAAGAUGAUGAUGAUGUGCAAGUUACAGGUGUGACUAAGAGCACCGCUGUUACAACACCUUCCAGUACCCAGCGCUCUCAUCCACUUGUGAUCAGCAUUCCUAACAGUACAGCAAGGUCAUCCCCAAACUCCAAUUCAAACUCUUCCAGCAAUCCACAGCUGACAAUCCACCAUCGCCCCCCACUGGACUCUCCGAUGAAACGUGCUGUAACCACUGGCACGCCAACCCGGAGCUCCAGCAUGACACUGCCUCCUCUUCCCACUGCCCCCGCACCCCCACGCUUACCCCCAGAGGCAGAGAGGACCUCACCUCCUCAACAACCUCAGCUGAAACUGGUGCCGGGGCAGACGGGCAUCGUGCUUUCCUGGUGCGUGGCAGAAACUGAUCGAACCUGUGCGGCUGUAGAGAGCUAUCACCUCUACGCCUUCCACCAAGACAACUCGAGCGGCAACGUUGCACAGCAGCACUGGAAAAAGAUUGGGGAGGUGAAAGCCCUUCCUCUGCCUAUGGCCUGUACCCUGACCCAGUUCCAGUCCGGCUCCACUUAUCAUUUCGCUGUUCGAGCCAAAGACAUCUAUGGACGUUUCGGUGCUUUCUGUGAACCUCAGUGCACAAAUGUCAUAAAUUCAAGCUCUAGUUGAACAGUUAAAGAAUGGGAACAGUGUGCUGCGUUUCAAAGUUCAUUACUUUUACUUCUUUUGUUGUUGGGAACUUAUAAUGUGCAUUGAACGGUAUCUGUAAAUAUCUCUUUACGUAACAACUGGAGUUCUUGACUGACUUGGAGAAUAGAAACAGCAGUUGGUUGGUUCUGUUCAAUGUAUGUCAUGUAUUUUUGGUGACUUAAGCUGUUGUAUAUAAUUUAAUUCUUUUGCCGACCAACCAAGUCAUAUAUUUAUGUCCUUGAUUCCUGUUACUUAGACCCAGAUGUCUUUUGUUUUAUUUGACUAUAGGUGACAGGAUUAUCAGAGUAGACUCAGUAUUGCACAGAAAUGUAUAAAUGUGUGGUAGAAACUGAAUGAUAACUUUUGUAAGUUUUGUCUGGCAACCAGACUUUGAUGAACACAAUAAAACAUUUUAUUAAAACCUUG